UGUGAUGCCCUCUCCUCCCCGGGCUCUCCCGGCGCGGAGCGGAGCGGAGCGGAGCAUCCCCGGGGCCGCCGGCAGCGUCCCGCCCGGAGCAGCUCCCGCGGGGCCGGUCCUGCCUGGUUCCCACAGCCAUCCCACUCCCAGCUCCUCCCAGACCUGCAGCUGAAGCCUCCCCUGAGGACCCUCAUCCCUGCAGCUGAUCUGCCAGAACUGCUCUUCCCACCUUCAGCCCCAUCUCAGGUUCUCCACUUGCCAGAGCAUCGCUUCAGCCGGGGUUAACAGAGCUCAGACUGCAGAAACAACUGAGGGCAGAGCUUUGUCCCCCGCGCUCCCCGCGAGGCUCCGUGCCCAGGGCUGGUCCCACAUCCGCGGCCGGGCCGGACCCGAUGCUGUUGGCAAUGAGCGCCUGCAGCAGGAAGGCGCUGACCCUGCUCAGCAGCGUGUUCGCCGUCUGCGGCCUCGGCCUCCUGGGCAUCUCCGUCAGCACCGACUACUGGCUCUACCUGGAGGAGGGCAUCGUCCAGCCCCAAAACCAGACGGCGGAGAUCAAGCUCUCGCUGCACUCGGGGCUCUGGAGGGUCUGCUUUCUGGCAGGUGAGGAGCGUGGCCGGUGCUUCACCAUUGAAUACGUCAUGCCCAUGAACAUCCAGCUGACGUCCGAAUCCACAAUCAAUGUCCUGAAGAUGAUCCGCUCUGCCACCCCCUUCCCUCUGGUCAGCCUCUUCUUCAUGUUCAUCGGCUUCAUCCUGAGCAACAUCGGCCACAUCCGGCCUCACAGGACCAUCCUCGCCUUCGUCUCGGGGAUAUUCUUCAUCCUGUCAGGUCUGUCACUGGUGGUGGGGCUGGUCCUCUACAUAUCCAGCAUUAACGAUGAGAUGCUCAACAGGACCAAGGACUCGGAGUCGUUCUUCAAUUACAAAUACGGGUGGUCCUUUGCCUUCUCUGCCAUCUCGUUCCUUCUCACAGAGAGUGCCGGGGUGAUGUCUGUCUACCUGUUCAUGAAGCGCUACACGGCCGAGGACCUCUACAGACCCCACCCCAGCUUCUACCGGCCCCGCCUGAGCAACUGCUCCGACUACUCGGGGCAGUUCCUGCACCCGGACGCGUGGGCACGGGGCCGCAGCCCCUCGGACAUCUCCAGUGAGGCGUCCCUGCAGAUGAACAGUAACUACCCAGCCCUGCUCAAGUGCCCUGACUACGACCAGAUGUCCUCGUCCCCGUGCUGAGCCCCGGCGCCCCGCGCCCGCUCCGAUGGUCGCCGCGUCCCAACUCCGUUUGUCGUAUUUUCAGGCCGCUCUUUCUGGCCAAUUCUCUAUUUAUAGGAGCGUAAAUAUAACCAGAGAGAUUGGUUAUAUAACCAAUAGUGUAACCUAGAGAAUUGGGAUGUUUCCCUUUCUUUGUUUUUUUGGGUUGUUUUAUUCCUCCCUGCAUAACUAAGAAUCUCUCCAAAGUCCUCCUCUCUCAGCUCAUCCCGCUGAGCAAACAGCAGUUCUGCCUGGGGGAUAAAUCCAGGGCUGGACUGGAGAGCAGGAAAAAGAAAAUAGAGUAGAACUAAGGGAAAAAAAGGUGUAUUUUUUUGGUGUAGGUAGGUAGGUAGGCUGCUAAAGUUUGUGCAUUCGACUGUAUCAUUGAAUUCUGUAUUUACGGGCCCGAGCGCCAGCAGGCAUCAAAGAUUUGUGUAACUUUCCAAGAAACAACCAGCAUUAGAAAAAUAUAAAUUUUGUCUUGACUGAACAUGUACUGAUUGGUAUCUCUCACUGCUGGAUAUCACUUCCAGCCAGGCUGGAAUGGGAAAUAGCCAUCCUUUGAUGAGACCUCAGCAGGCUUGAACACCAGCAGGUUGUUAUUCCUCUAUGGCCACUUGCAAACUCUUGCUUAAAUAUCCCAUCUUGGACUGGAGGCACAGUGAGGUGCUGGGCUGGAGGGAUGGCUCCAGCACCCAAAUUUCCUCUGCUGUCCCAUAGACAGGAGGUCUGAAGUAUAAAUGGGAGAAUUUCAGUGCAGCAUUGAGUGGAAAACAACCUAAACCUUUCUCAUGGGAAACAUCAGGUGCAGGAUUUAGCAGAAAGAAGUUAUUUCAGUGAAAGGCAAGAUCCCAAACUGGUGUAAAGUGAUGUAACUGAGAUUAUUGGUACAAGUCCACUGCAGCAAAGUAGUUGGCUUACAUUAUGUUUUGGCAAGAAAAUGGCAUUUUUGCUGCUUUCUCUGUGUGCGUGUAUAUAAACUUUAUUUUGAGGUUUUAAGUUGGAAAGUUUCAUUUGAUGCUUUGGCAUUUUGGCCUUAGGCAGCUGCCAGGGGAGAGCAUCACUGAUGGAAAACAAAGGGCAGGGAAGGAAUAGGAUGUGAUCCCUCGUGCAAGCUCCAGCUUGUCACCUUGCAGGAGAAAGAGCUUUGUCCAAACUUUAUUUCUCUUCUUGUUAUUUUAAACCUUUCUGAAAAAUUCCUUUCUUCAAAACAAAAUCGUCUGGGGAUUCUUGGUAUAUUUGAGCUUGUUUUGUCUUACUGUUAAUUAAAAGACAUAGAAUAUAUGCAGUUUUAACCUCAUUUGUAGCACACUGCAUAAUGAA